AUAACUUCAUCAUGCAACUCUUUGCUCACAUGAGGUGCAUGAAUUGUUUAACAUAUGUUCUCACACACAGUAUUUUCUGUAAAGCAGAAUAUAGUUUUUCUUUCUUCUCAUUUCGGGUGAAGUGUGACCCGCACAUGUCUUGGACAGGUUUCGGGACACAUCUCAGCAGCUAUUCUUUAUUUGCCAUUGGUUUAGUUCAUUAUCAAACCAUCUGGGACUGCUGUGCUUGAUCAGUCUGCUCAUACAUGCUUAUAAGUGACUGUAAACGACAUUCAAAUGAAUCAGGCUUCAGAAGAUGAUCUGAAUGUGCUCGCAGAGGUUUCUGAUGCAUGUUUUGUCAUCUAGCGGGGUUUAAAGUCCCUUUAUUUCUGUCUCUGUCUCCAGCGAGGCUUCAGAGGAGCUUCAGCCCAGUUCUCAUGCCACGUCUUCAGUCAAAACCAUGAGUAAAGCGUCCGCUGGAGCCCCGCGGCAGGGCAACGGUGUCCCUCCAGCUUCAGCCAAGAGCAGCGCCGCAGGGUUUCCCAAAGCAGGUGCACCUGCGCCACAGACGGGCCCCUCAUUCGGACGGGUCAGCAACAGCCUUCCCAAGGGCCCGGAUCGACCCGCGCCUCAGCCUCACCCCAGUGACCAGGACGAUUCUCUGGUGCAGAGAGCCGAGCACAUCCCGGCGGGGAAACGCACACCUAUGUGUGGCCACUGCAACAUGGUCAUCAGGGGUCCGUUCCUGGUGGCCAUGGGUAAAUCCUGGCACAAGGAGGAGUUCACCUGCUCUCACUGCCGCAGUUCUCUGGCAGACGUGGGCUUCGUGGAGGAGCGUGGCUCUGUGUACUGCGAGCGCUGCUACGAGCAGUUUCUGGCCCCGGCCUGCUUCAAGUGCCAGCAGAAGAUUCUGGGGGAAGUCAUCAAUGCCCUGAAGCAAACCUGGCAUGUGCACUGCUUCCUGUGCACCGGCUGCCAGAAGCCCAUCCGAAACAACACCUUUCACCUGGAGGACGGCCAGCCGUACUGUGAGACCGAUUACUACACCCUGUUCGGCACCAGCUGUCACGGCUGUGACUUCCCCAUCGAAGCGGGCGAUAAGUUCCUGGAGGCGCUGGGCUUCACCUGGCACGACACCUGCUUCGUCUGCACGGUGUGCAGCACGAGUCUGGAGGGUCAGACCUUCUUCUCCAAGAAAGACAAGCCCUUGUGCAAGAAGCACGCUCACAGCGUCCAGUUCUGAGGACGGCCAGCGCCUCGCCGCUCAUAUUUCACUCUCCUCAGAUUUAUUUUAGUACAUGAAUGUUUUUGCGCUAAGAGAUAUAUUUGCUUCAGAUCAUGAGAUGGGGAUCCGCUUUAAUCAUUGAUCUGCCUCCUAUAUAAGGUUCAGUGUUGCAUUCUGGGUGUUUCGUCUGUUUUUGAGCGACUAUCAUGCGAUGCAGUGUUUUACUCAGAUCCUAACAAUGAUAGAGCAUAAUUCUGACAUGCUAAAGAUAUUUGACUUGUUAUUUUUCAGCGUCUGUAAGAGUAUUUUUCACACUGGUGAGAUCCGUUAAGUGCCGUCUCUCUCCUGCAUCCCGCUGCAGUUUGACCAAGCUCUCUUUAUGCAGGUAUAUUUUAUAUUUAUUGAGGCGGGAUGGAUGAUUUCAGAGGCUUUCCGUGUGUUUUCCUGCACUGACAGUGUCAGUGCGUUCAGAACGGUGAUAUUUAAUGUUUUAGGAGUUAUUCCUGUGCUCUUUUAUAUGUCAGGUUUGUGGGAUGUCUCACCGUCUCAGUGCCUUUAUUUCUAUUAAUAUACAGAAAUACUGUAUGUUUCAUAUUUAAGCAUAAAAGUAAUUCAGACUGUUUCUAAUCGUUAGCACUUUUUUUUUUUGAAGCUAAUAAGGGUUGGUGGUUCAUGUGCAUCUUUAUAUCUUUAUCUGUUCUAGUUUUCUGUAAUACACUUCUUUAUUUCUCAGAUGGGAUGAAAAAUAAAUCACUGUUCUUCUCAAAGUC